UUAAUCUCGUUUCUUUCAAUGAGAGGUGGAACAACUGUCAGAUUCGUAUAUAAAUGAAGUAGGCUGCGAACGUCUCUCUUUUAUAACCUCAAAAAUGCGCGAGAAGUAUCACUCAGAGAUGGCGAAGUGAGUUUAUUUUUAGUUUUAAUAAGUGUUUAAGUGAACGGAUCAUCAUCAUGCCGUCGAAAAAGAGAAAAUACAACGCAAGGUUUCCCGCGGGGCGUAUUAAGAAGAUUAUGCAAACGGAUGAAGAAGUGGGGAAGGUUGCACAUGCUGUACCCAUCAUAAUCUCUCGUACAUUGGAGCUGUUUGUGGAGUCGCUAUUGUGUAAGGCCAUGUCUGUCACGAUGAAUCGCAACGCCAAGACUGUCAGCCCCUCACACUUCAAGCAAUGCAUCCUGGCAGAGUCCAGGUUUGACUUCCUCAGAGAUCUGGUGAAGAAUAUACCUGAUGUUUCACCUGCAGAUGAAAAGGACAUGAGUGCUGAAAGUUCACCAAAUUCUUCCAGAUUUCCAGACGCAGUCCAGCCGACUCAAAGGAUAGCACGAGGUGAUUCCAGCAGUUCUAGCAGUUCAGAUAUAUCACAAUUGGCACAACAUAAAGAUAACCUCAAAAGAACUCACUCGGAAACAGAAGUCACCCGACAACGGAACGAAACAGUCACUUCCGCAGAAUCCGCUAUAGAUUUAACUAAAAAAGAAGGACCAAAACAAGUCCGAAUAGCGAAUUUCUAUCAAGAAACAUUAGUGGAUGAACAUCCAAGCGUGAUAACAAUCAAUCCAACAUAUUCCAGCCCUCAACCGUCGACAUCUAGUUAUGCAAAUCUAACUAAUGUCGAAGAGAAUAAGGUCGAAGUUACCGUGCCAAAGCCGAAACAUAAACCAAUGUUCUAUGUAGAUGUUAAACAAAAUAAUAUACCUAAAACUCCGACACCACGAACACCAGUCACUCCUGUACUAAAUAUAGACUUUACUAAAAAUCUAGCUAAACCAGAAAUCAGAGUCCUUGAUACCGCAGUAGCUAGUAUCGUCGGAGUGCCAAAGAAUGAUAAAAUUUCAAAGUUACAAAGGCGAAACUCAAAAGUUAAAGUUGAUACUAAAAAGUUUGAACCCAAACCUAUUGUUCAAACACCACCGGUUGAUAUAGAUCAUUUGAAUUCCGGUAAUUUACAAAUUGACGAAGACUAUGAUACCUGAAUAAAUAAGUUUUGUUUUUUCUUGUUUAAUUUGUUGUGCUAUUUUAUAGCGAGUAGACAUGAAAUUUGUUAUCCAAGUAAUUUUAUACCAUAACCACCAUAUGACCAUAGACCAUACUAUCACCAGUAUAAACAACAACUUUAUAUGGUUAAUUAAAAAGAAUUGACUUAUUGUCUUUGUUUAUAGCAAAAAAAGUUUUUACUAAAAAGUUUUUAAAGUGAUAAAAUACUGUUUGCUCAAAUGUGUCAAGUGCUAGUUUGUUUUAUUAAAAAAAAACCUACAGUGACCAUCCAACGAAAUAUUUUAAGGAUUAAAAUCUCUGACAGCUCAAAUAAUUACGAAGAUAUUAUGUAAACCACAAAAACUUGGGAAUACAGUGUAAAAUACAUAUUGUGAACCCAAUAUAACCAAAAAAUAUCUAUUUUAUAACCUAACUAUAUAUAUAGAACACCUAAGUAUUUGCAGAAUGUGAAAAAAAAUGCAAAAAUUGUAAUACAAAUUUCUUGGUGAAUUAUGGUUUAUUUAGUUAGGCUAUAAAAUAAGGAUGAAUUCUUUGUUCAUUUCUAUUUAGGUGUUUUCCCGUUGGGCCGAUGGGCUUAUCGACCAAUAGGCGCAGUGGUAUUUUCCCAUUGGGCCAAUUAAUAAAAUUAUCUCGACCCUAUGAAGAAAAAUGCAGUUGGGUCGAUUUAUUGGUCGAUCGGCCCAACGGGAAACACCUUUCCGUUUCUGUAAUAGUUUUAGCGUGGGCUUCCACUGACUUUCAUUGAGAGAUACAUACUAUUAAGUUUUUUCUUCCUACCUGAAUGUUCAAUUCGAUAAGAACGGGUCCACAUAGGUUCAAAUUUGAAAUAUUUUGUUUAUAAUUUUCUUCUAUUAAUUUGGAUAACAUAUAUCAUGAUAUAGUUAUGUUUUUACCAUUAUAGGUAUGUUAAUGAUAAUAUUUUUGUGUAAUUGUUUUUUUUAUGAACAGUUUGAACUAAUGAAUGAUUUUAAACGUAUUCGUGUGAAUGAAUGAACCCUUUGCUUGUCUUUUUCUUUUUUUUUAUUGAAAUUCUUUGAUGAGAUUUUUUGUGUGCUUAAAUGGCCAGUAGUUGCGAUGUUUUAUUUCUGGUUGUUGUUUUUUAAAGAGAUAAAAAUUUAAUAACUUGCACAUAUAUUUGUGUAUUUUGGAAUAUGUCUAAAUUUUGUGUGAUAAUUGUUUACACUAUGAUAGAGUUACAAAAAAAUUGAAAUUGGUAUUACAAAAUUUUAAUUUAACAAUGAUUCUUUUUUUUGUAAAGCCAUUUCUAGAAUAUAUGUUAUUUCACAUUCAGUUAUUAUAUGAAUUUACUUUUGGAUGUAAAUAUAAAACUGUUAUACAUAUUUUUAACUUCAUUUAUUUCAAAACAUAGGAUGUUAGUUAUAUCAUGGCCACUUGCUUCUUGCUACCUUCUACUAUAAAAAAUAAAAUAACAUAAUGUUUACAUAACCUAUAAAUUUCCCCCCAUGUAUUCAAUUUCGUUCCGUCCGAUAAAAAUAAUACACAUAUAUUCAAUUCAACGUUAUAACAAAGAUUUUAAAAUUAGGUUUCCAUCCUAAAAGUAUCUAAUGCAACGGGAGUUUCCCUCUGGACUGAUCAGUCAGCCCAAUAGGACGUUUUUUUCCCAUUGGACGUUUGAUGUGAUAGUCCAACGGGAAACAACCCAAGUGACAUUUAAAUUGUAAUUAUUUUUGCAGUGAGUUUGAAUACACGCAUCGCUAUUUCAUUAGGUUAUUAAGAUUGAUUUUAUAAUAACAAAAUUGGCUUUCAUUUGUUAAAAAUGCAAUAAUAAUUUACUAUAUGUUAUUAUCCGACUGAAUCAUGAUUCUGUGUUAUGCGAACUGCCAUUUUGAAAAGUAGCCUACACGAUUGAACUAUGAUGAAAUGUCAUUCAACACAUAUUCUUCCUUCAGUCGAGUCGUUUUAUUUUUUUAAUUAAAAUACUAAUAGUGUUAAUGAAUCAAAAAUUCUCAAUGGCAAUAUAUAUACAGAUAUACUUCCAUAAUUUUUUUGCAGUCGUUUAAUAUUAAGAAGAAAAAACACUGAAUCCAUAACUCAAAUUAAAUUUAAUCUAUGUUGUUAUCCUUGUAUGAAUGUCUAGUGUUAAUAUAAAUAUGUAUACCUGGUUAUAUAUUGAUAUAAAGUAUAUAAAGCCCACUAAUAAUAUAUUUACUUGCACGAAGCAUCUUAAUCUAUGUAAUUGUUAUAUAUAAUGUGUGUGAACUAAAAACAUGCCUUUGAUGUUACAAGAAUACUUUUUUGUAUGCUUUGACUACUUUAGAAUUUCAAAAUCUAUUUCUUCACAAAAAAUUGUUGAAUAAUUGCAGUGAAUUUGUAAUUUGCAGUGAGUGAGGCAGGCGCAUACGGAAGCUAGAGGUACGAGAGAGAUAGAGAUAGUCUUCCGAUCUUGCUUCAAAUCUAUUAAAACGUCAUGACAUAAUUAUUUUUCGCGCGUUUUUAUUGUUUGAAAUACCAUAAAGUUUAUCGACGUGUUUUAAUAAUUGUAAUAACUCAAUAGUAUUUAAAUAAAACUAGAAAUAAUUAUAUUACAAAUCUAUAUGUACAUUUUAUAUCAAAAAGCGUGCGCUAGAGAAUUUGCACGAAAUGUUCAAGAUGUCAGCGCUUUAAAUUAAAAAAAGAACUAACCUACAAUACUUCGUCAAUUAUGUUAUCAACAUGCAAAUAAUUAUUUAUCGAGUAAAAUUUAUUUUUAUAACAGCUGUGUAUUUUAAUAUACUUAUUAUAAAUUUAUAAAUUCUCUGCAAAGUGUCCUGUUCGUAUGAAUAUGUAUUACGAGUGGAUUUUGUUUUAAAUAGCUUUUUAAAUCGUGGUAUAUGUGUGUAAAGAGUUUAUCACGAAAAAAAAACAAUUUUGCGGUAACAUUUUUUUUUCGUUAUUUUAUAUUUGACGCAUGGAAUGCAACAGCGUGGAUAGAUCUAAAAUUUGCAACUUUAAACUUUUUUUACUUAUAUGAGCCAAGACGUUAUGUUUUUUUUUGCUUACCUGACUCACCAUUUUAACUGCUUUACAUUUAAGUUUAAGGACACGUUGCCGUUGUAAAAAUCAGCAAACUUUUAAUAAAAAUAUGCUUCUUUCAAAAAAAAAUUCAGUAGUCUGAAUUUCUAGUCGCUAAGAAUGGAGUUAUCGAUUUUUACAGCUAGAUGGCGUCUUAUUUUAAUGUUUUGAAUUCAAUGCUUGUUACUUCAUGACUAUUAAAUAUUUCUUUAAACUAUCCUAAUAAGUUGUGCAACUAAUGCUAAGUUUAUGUGUUUGGAAUGUUCUCGAAAGCAAUAAAGUUUAGAAGGGUAUGGAAUGUAUGUAAGAAAAUGGAUUGUGUACAACGCUAUAUGUUUUAUGUAUGUUGUAAAUUAUAAUAGAAAUACAAAAAUUGGUGAUACGUA